AUGGAGAUACCCUUCACCCUUCAGCAGAUCGCGCAACUAAGCCGGCGGUCGUUCUUUCCCGUGCGCGUUGAGAACGACAGUGCCAUCUUCCAGAUAAGCUCGGAUACCGAAAUCAGAGUUGCAACGAAUGGAGUCAACCCAAGCAUUUGUGUCCAGUGCCAGGGGCCGAACUCCGACUACCAGCACUCUUUGGGCAUGCCAAUGAGUUUACUUUUUCGAGCUGGGCUUAUGCUUGAUGAGUCGCCCUAUGGUCGCCUCUGGCUUAUCAAUCUAGAUCUACGCGGUCGAUGCGCGACGUGUCGGUCCAUGUUCUACAAUGCCUUCGUUGCAAUCAGCUAUAGGUGCCAGCCACCACCGACGAGAAUCAACCAGUGGUUUUGGAAUGAAGGAAAUACUAUGUUCAAGGCGCUCCUGAUGAGCUCGACCAACCCAUUCCUUCAAGAAUUUCUGUUGUCUGGCAACUGGAGCACAGAUCCGUACAACCAGGAUCAGGAUUGGGGCGCUCCCUUUGUCUGGAUCGACACUUGUAAUGCCACGAGAAGCGAGACAGAACUCCAGCUGGGACACGAAGAGAGAAACGAAGCGGCCAAACAUCCCAACUUGCCCUACGAGAGCUGUGAAUCGCUGUGGGUUUUUGACGACUGGAACUUUUUCCAACUCACCGACCUCGACGCCUAUACCAAAGACUACGCUGCGGCUGUUGCUCCGGACAUGAUGAAACCGAUCAGCGUGUUCAACAGCCACUGGUGUCUCAAUGAGAUUCUGUUGGCCAGGGGGCGAGGCAAGCGCAUCAUGUACCGGAGUCCAGACGAGCUGGUGCCUCUUUCUGAUAGUUUGACGGACGAGGAGCUAAUAGCACGAGCAGAGAAGGCGCGGCAGAUAAUGCGGUAG